AUGGAGACAGAGUUUGAUGAGGUCAAUGCAAACACGAGCCACGUGGCAGGAUGGUGGGAGGACACCGACCCACCAGCCUCAAACAGCUCCCCUGGUUUGGGUUUCUGCAUCAGCUGGAGUGGAGGUCUUGCAGCAGUGGCCUGCUACCUGCUUUCUCCCACCACAAAGGAAAGCGUUGCAUUUGCAGGUGGAUCUUGCCGGCAUUUUUUUGCUGCGUCCAGAGAGUCCGUGGCAGAGCAGAGUUGUGCAGGACCCUCCAUCGUGACCCCUCCUAAGGACAUCUGGAAUGUGACAGGAGCACAGAUCUACCUGAGCUGUGAAGUCAUGGGCAUCCCAACCCCUGUCCUCAUCUGGAACAAGAUAAUUCGGGGACAGUAUGGUGUCCAGAGGAUGGAGCUUCUGCCUGGGGACCGGGAAAACUUAGCUAUCCAGACCCGAGGGGGCCCUGAGAAACACGAAGUGACUGGCUGGGUGCUCAUAUCUCCUCUGAGCAAAGAGGAUGCUGGAGAAUAUGAGUGUCAUGCAUCAAACGCCAAAGGAGAGGCAACAGCUUCUGCAAAAAUCCACGUUGUGGAAACUCUGCAUGAAAUAGCACUGACCAAAGAUGAUGGUGCAGAGCUGUGAUGUGAUGUGAGGACUUUCACUUACGCACAGUUUUAAAUUAGUAUUUUGGAAAGCUGCAACCUCUGCCUUUUCCUAGCUGACUAAUCAUUCCCUCUUAACUCCCUUAUUCUUUGAUUACCAAUUUGCUUGGACGCUUCUUUCACAGAUACACAAAUAAAGAGAUUCACAAGUUUGAUUACAAAUUUUUAUUUACAGGAAAUAAACGUACUUUUGAACAGCA